GAAGAAGAGAAGGAUGAGGAAGAAGUUCAGUCGUGGGUCGUUAUUCGAUUAUAGAAUCAUGGUUUUUGAAAGAUGUGCACUAUUACCAGCGAUCGUAAUCGUUAUUUGUUUAGAUGUAUCUUCUAUAGCUGCUACUGCCGCUGCUGUUGCGUGGAAUCCAAAAACAUCUAGAUUAUACAUGGGUAGUUAUAACUUAGACAAGGGACCAGUAUUCUACGAGGCGUACUAUCCGAACACUCGUGACGCUGAGGACAAACGUUACUUCGAUCAAAACACGGUAUUAGAAACGAGUUUUCAGGUGCCCUUCGAAGGCAUCGCGCAAUCGGAAACUGCAAAUCACCCUGUUACGAUUAAUGAAUCAUUCGUCAUUGUGGAUAACGAGAUUUUACCGAGAAAUCAAUGGAAAUUGAUGGGAUCUCGACGCAAUUAUGAUCCUGCGAAUCAACUCGCAUCUCUCUCCAACGAACGUUCAAUGAUUACCGAUGAUAAGAAUUCGCAAGUUGCGAAUAUCGAAAAAAUUUCCAAACUCAUUAGAAGAGCCAUUUCCCGUGAUCUAGAGAAUUGGAACACUCUUGAAGAAUAUCUCGAUCGUACUGUCCAUCGACCUCAGGCACCUCAGCUGGAAAUUAAUAAAAAUGAAGAAGGCGGUAAUUAUAUGUUUCCAGUAAAUCGUAAAUUCGUCGAGAUGGAUUCGUCGAAACGGUCGAGUUUUGAGGCGUCGUCACCUCGAAAAUUGGAUGUGCGUAAUGCAAAAGAACAGCCUACAUAUUUUGAAGAAGUCGAUACGAGUGGAAGUACAAGCGGAAUGAGUAUCAGCGGGACAAAAGCUGCUGUCGCUGCUGAUAUACGACCACCGAUCGAUAUUUCCGACUCAUUACCUCCAGAGAACAUUUUUCAACCACGGCCUCAGUUGGUUAAAUACACGUUUUUCAAGAGACCAAUGUCCUCGCGACUCGACGAACAAAAUGAGAAGCCGGUGAAGCCGAUCGAGCAGUCUACACCACGAACUUACGGUGACAAUCUCAUUCGUGAAGAAAUCACCGAUAAUAACCGCGAUAAAAUAAGAGAAAAUGUUAAAGUAACGUCUAUCGAAAUAAGCGAACAACCGCGACAUAAAACGCGUCAUCAUCAUGGUGAAUUCCCUUAUCGUCAUCGCUCACAAUCCGCUGCUUAUCCGACCGUCUCAUAGAAACAAAAUGUAUGUAAUUUUAAUUAUUAGAUUUAGGCACGGUUGCACCAACAUUACUUGAUUUUAAGCGAGACUUAAAACUCUAUCUAUCUCGUAUUAAAACCGAAAGAGAGAUAGAAA